GCGGGAGCCAAUCGGCGGCGGCGGAGGGGGCGGGACUUCCUGCGCGGGGGCCCGAGCGCCUCGGUCGCCCGGCUCCGUGGUCCCGGCCAGGCGGCGGCGGCGGCGGCGGCGGCGUCUCCGUGAGGAGGCGCGCGGGACCAUGACGUCAGCGUCCACGAAGGUCGGGGAGAUCUUCUCGGCGGCGGGCGCCGCCUUCACGAAGCUCGGGGAGCUGACGAUGCAGCUGCAUCCCGUGGCCGACUCUUCCCCCGCGGGCGCCAAGUGGACGGAGACGGAGAUAGAGAUGCUGAGGGCUGCUGUGAAGCGGUUUGGGGACGAUCUUAAUCACAUCAGCUGUGUCAUCAAGGAACGGACAGUGGCCCAGAUAAAGGCCACCGUGAAGCGUAAGGUGUACGAAGACUCCGGCAUCCCUCUUCCGGCCGAGUCACCCAAGAAAGGGCCCAAGAAGGUGCCAUCUGGUGUCUUGUCGCCUCCUCCAGCCGCCCCUCCACCAAGCAGCUCCAGUGUCCCUGAGGCCGGGGCCCCCCCCGUAAAGAAACAGAAGGCCGAUGGGACGCUCAGCGCUCUGAACGACCCAGACGCCAAUAGUGACCUGGUGGACAUUGAAGGGCUAGGAGAAACCCCUCCGGCCAAGAAACUCAACUUCGACCAGGACAGCCUGACCCUGGAUUCGGGCCUUCUCGUGACCUCUGCCGACCCUCCUCUGCUCUCUCGCUGAGCCUUCCACCUCUGACCCCUCUCACUGUUCACCCUGGACCUGUGGAUCGCCUGGGACUCUGAGCGGGCCCGCAGAGCACGGCCCACGAGGCUGCUGGGGCUGCGCCCCCUGCUGUUCCCGUAUGAGCGUCUACCCCCAGCCCCUUUGACCUCCAUCGGACGGACGUUUUUAUACCGAAAACAAUAAAGAUUCUCCUCUCA